AUGGAUCUCCAACAGGAAGAAGACUCAGAACUGAAUCUGGCAAAGGACUCCAGGAGACAGCAAAGGAAAGACAAGGGCAUGAAAAGCUCCAUUUUACAAACCGAACAGCAAAUAUCCUCUAUGGGAAUAAAGAUUCAAAAUGCUUCUCAAGAUCUUCAAUGUAAUGAUAAGAAUGACCACUGCAAAGGUUCCCCAUUGCCUCCAGAGAAGCUCAUUGCUGGGAUCCUGGGGUUCAUCUGCUUUAUCUUGAUGUUCACUGUAGUAAGAGUGAUGCUAUAUACAUUCUCUACUAUGAUACCAAAGCAGAACAGUUAUUCCGUGGCACAAAAGAUCCAGAAAGUAAUUCAUAAUCUUUCUUCAGUGUAUCCUUGUGGUCCUUGUCCACCAGAGUGGUUUACAUAUUCCAACAACUGCUAUUACAUUAGUACUGAAAAGAAGGCAUGGAAUGAGAGUUUGAAGGCCUGUGCUUCUAAGAACUCCAGCCUGCUCUAUAUAGAUAAUGAAGAAGAAAGGAAAUUUCUGAGCUCCGUAUCACAUUCAUCAUGGAUUGGAGUUUUUCGUAGAAGCAGUGAUCAUCCAUGGGUGUCAAUACAUGGGUCAACUCCCACACUAGAGAUAGAAGAUUCAUCUUCUGGUAACAGUAACUGUGUUACGCUACUCACAUUUGGCCUCACAUCAAGUUGUUGUGAAUCUCCAAAAAUAUAUAUUUGCAAGCAUAAGUUUUAG